CGCGUUUUGCUGAUAUUGAUUAUUCCGAGUAGUGCUCUGGGAUUGCUUGAACUUCAAGUUGAAGUGAAGAUCAUGUCCGUACAGUACCAUGUUUUGGAUUUAACUCAGUGAUACCGUACUAUGUGUUUAGAUCCAUAGACUGGGUUGCUAUAAACCUUCUUGAUCUUUUUGAUGAAAAGGACUAAAAAACAUUUGCGCCUUCUGUCCUUGGCCGUCAAGAUCGGGCGUUCAGACUGACGAAUCGGGACGCCUUCGUAACCAAUUAUCUGGCGUCAGCGCAGAAGCGAACAAGGCGGGGCCACACGGCGGGGAGGCGUGGCCAAGUAGGAGAAAGGCGUGGCUACUCUGAGGGAACUUCUGGUGCACGAGUCGGGGUCGUGGCCAAGUCGAUGUCAUUGGUGGUCAAAGGCUGUGAGGGCGUGGCCAAGUCGAUGUCAUUGGUGGUCAAAGGCUGUGAGGGCGUGGCCAAGUGGAGGGGAGGACGAACUGAGGGACACGGACUCGGAGGGGGCGGCUUUCACUUCGUGACGCAACGUGUCAUGCUGAUCUGUAAAUUCCAAAAUAAAAGGAGCACGAACUUUGGGAAGUUUACACGGCGACUGUUCUCUGUAAAUGUAGAACUUCUUAAAGAAUCGCGCAUUCGCAGAUCUGCAGAGGGUUCGCAAAGCGCGCGGCGAAGUACCCGGCGGCAGCAGGGAACCGAGCAACAACUUUUCGGGGUGUCCGUGUUUCUCUGGCCCACCCCUGUCACUGGCAGCCCAGUAGAAGGAUGGAGGCGAGGGACCUUGCUGUGAUGGGCGGUAGUUUUGUGGGAUUUCAGCUGCUGUUCUUCCUCGGGAGCCCCCUCCUCUCAGCGUUCAUCACCCCCAGCUAUCGCCGCCUGGCCCCUGGCAAGCUCACCGAGUGGAACUCCAGAAUGGUGUCCACCAUCCAUGCAUUUGUCGUAGGGCUCUUCUGCCUUUACAUCCUGUGGUUCGAUGACGCCGUCAAUGCCGACCCAGUCUGGGGGGACCCCACACUGGUGAAGCUCAAUGUGGCCAUAACCUGUGGUUACCUCCUUUAUGACCUCGCGCUGCUCGCCUGCAACUGGAGCACCAUGGGAGACGGCUUUUUCGUGUGUCACCACGUGGCGGCGCUGUACGCCUAUUCGUACGUCUUGACCCGUGGGCUGCUUCCGUACUUCGCCAACUUUCGCCUCAUCUCGGAGCUCUCCACCCCGUUUGUGAACCAGAGGUGGUUCUUUGAGGCCCUCUCGUUCCCCCGUUCCCACCACCUGGUGGUGGCCAACGGCGUGGCCAUGGCCGUCGUCUUCUUCCUGGUCCGCAUCGCCGUGAUACCCACUUACUACGCCCGGGUGAUCGCUACUUUCGGGACGCCUGCCUUCUAUCGCCUGGGCCUGGGUGCCCAGGUGGCCUGGAUCCUCUCCUGCGUGUGCCUGGACAUCCUCAACGCCAUCUGGAUGUAUAAGAUCGCCCGUGGCUGCUACAGGGUCCUGACCGGCGCCGGCCAGAUGGGCAAGUACGGGCGGCAUGGCAGCGCCCACGCCAACAACCACAGAAACUAAGGGAGCGCGGUGCUCGGAGCUCCUCCGGCUUCAGUGUCGUUUGCGACUCGAGUACGGUAUCGCUUUGCUUUGCUCGUGUGGUUGGAAACGCCGGAGGAAGUAAUAACGGGACGACGGUGAGCUGACAGCCGCUCUUGGCCCUCAGUGCGCUGUCGCCCACCCUCAGAAUAAAGCUCUGCGACUCCUGACCCCACCCCUACUGUCCCCUUUCUCUCACAUGCGCUGCACGGAAGGUGUGAAAUCAGCAGCCGGACUUCGGAGAUGUUGCGGCGCCCCUUUGGGCGUGCAUGUACCGCGGUAGCCCCUGCCGCCCCCUAGGUGGAAAUCCCUCACUCACCACCGGAGGGCGCCGGUGGCAGCCAUACAGUACAGCGUUUCCAACAGUCCCGUGGACACCCCUGCCGAGGCAGCCGGCAGGCUGUGAGCGAAGGUGUCCGUGAGCCAGACAACAGACACGGCGCUCGCGCGGGACACCAUGAGACGUAAGGGGGGCUUUUCGGGCUGCGCGCUGCCCCUGCGGCCGCGGUUCCCUCACCUCAAAACCAGGAGCAAAUGAGCCACGCCGGACUGACUCUCUAAAUUACGCGCUCAAAGUCUCCUGUUGAGUGCAAUUACAUUAAUAUUUGCUCAGUCCCCUCUGUGUGUUACAUUCCUGCCCCGAUGAAGAGAGGCGACGCGAGAUGUCUCAGUACCGCAGGCCACUCGCUCCGUCUUGUUCUGCUCAAUGGUUUUUUGUUUCAUUGAUCGUAACUGUUCUGCAGAACCCAGAAAAAAAGAGCCUCCACGCUGUAUUGCUACAUGCAGCAGCUUCAAUGGCAAAAUUGACGUACUAUAAAUGUAAGAAGAUAUUCUUUCUGAUGCCUUAACUUGAAGUGGCCCUUGGGCUCGUCGUGGCUCUGCCAUGGGAACCGCCAGUGUGCCGUGCGUGUUGCGCGCGACAGCCGUGGCGUGAUUGGCGCUGGUAAAAGAGCUCGUUCCGCCGCAACGCGCACGCGACACGGGCAUCGUGUCCCUGUUCUUUGUUGACGGUUCCGAUUAAGCUGGACUCGGACCGCAUAGCUUUGUCGUCCUUCGGAACGCAAAGGCUCGGGCGUAUAGAACGCGAUUACGAGGACCGGCGUGUCGAGUUGUUUGCCCCUCCCCUUCCGCCCGGCAGCACCGCUCGUGACCUGAAAUCACCCGUAAAGCUGCGAGAAAUGCUGUAAGACGAUAAGGAAAGAGCGCCGACUUGCCCGCGGUGCUACUCCUCCGGCAUUUUCCGAAAAGGAAAUUUCGCUGCACGAAGUCUUCGCUGCUCUGAGUUGAUUUGUCUUUGUUGAUUUUGCUGUGUUUGCAGCACCGGAGCCCUGAGGUGUGAUUUGUGAGGUCGCCUCACACGCUUCGCUCUUGUAGGCCGGUACAACACGAUAGCUAUGCUAAGACUUUAAACACAUCAUAGCCAGAUAUUUUGUUUAUGCAGUCAUUAGUGCACGCAGGAGGGUCGGCCUCCUCUCCCCUAUUAAUGGGCGAGAAUUAAUGGGCGCCACUCUGCCCGAACGUGCGGUGACGGGUUCUUUUCUGCCCGAGAGCGGAAUCCUCAGUUGUAGCUUGACUUACGAAUAUCACGAGAGCUCUCGCUCCGAUAACCAGACGCUGUGUUUUUUUUUUUUUUUUUUUUUUUUGUUGAAGUCUGGAUGAUGACUGGAACACUUGAAAAUUUGGUAAUACAUGUAUUCUGCUAUUAGUGCAUUGACAAGGGCAUCACAGCUGGUAGAUCCUGGCAGGUUUGUUGUUGUGCCACACUGGGGACGCUUAUGUACUCUGGUGUUGGGCAGUAACACUGGAACCCGUUGAUACAAGAGAAUGUUCCAGAGGCCAUCUAGCAGUUGGUGGCAUAGUGAGUAGAGCUGCUGCUUGUGGACUUAAAGGUUGCAGGGUUGAGUCCUACCUUCAGCUGAAAUACCCUUGAGCAAGGUACGCACACGUUUUCUGAACCGCUUGUCCCAUACGGGGUUGCGGGGAACCGAAGCCUAACCCGGCAACUUGGGGCAUGAGGGGACACACCCAGGACGGGACGCCAGUCCAUCACAAGGCACCCCAAGGGGGACUCGAACCCCAGACCCACUGGAGAGCAGGACCCGGUCCAACCCACUGUGCCACUGCACCCCCCUCUUGAGGGAGGUACUUACUCUGAAUUGCUCCAGUAAAACCACCCAGCUGUAUAAAUGGGUAAAUAACUAAGUAGUCUAACACUGUAAGUGACUUGGGGGGAAAAGUGUCAGCUAAAUGAAUAGAAGUAAAAGUAGCAGGGAUCUCAAUAAUAUACACACACACAGUAUAUUAUAAUCAAAUAAUGCAAAUGACUUGGAAAUCAGAUGUGUGUUUACUUGUUGUUUUAAGCAACGAAGUGUAUAAUUGUGUUAUCCUUUCUUUUUUUGGUCAUGUGAAGUGAUCACUACUGAUUUGCCGUCUCAACGCGAUAUGAAUGAAAAGCAGCUACGACCCAUGUUAACAGUAGCACACGGUUGAGAUCUACUCAGAAGCGGUUAAUUUCAAUAAAUUUGAAGGCAAGAUAUGUUGUGUUGGUUGUUUUCGUUUUGUAAAGUGAAAGCAUUCUGGAAGUUUCUGGUGAACUUCUUAGUCGCUUGUUAACCAAACAAUAUCGUGACACUGGCGUCAUCGGCGAGCUGAACCUCCAUCAACAUCAUCAUGUUUUCCCAUGACUGGAGUACUUAUGUUGAAUACUCAAUCAGUUCCAUCAGCAAAAAACAGAUUAAUAUCAUGAAGCGCUUGAUAUAAAAUGCUCCGAAGUGUCUUUUAGGGGCCAGAAGGACGCGAAGAGUGAGUCUCCCUGUUUGGACUCCAGCAGGUUUCAUGGUGUGUCGCCCUGUGGUUCAGUGUGUCAGUCUGUCCGCCAUGGUACCCGUAGCACUUGCUCGGACUGUGGGAGGUGGUGGAGGGAGAGCCCGGUCCCCUCCUCCCCCCCCGGCUGAUUCCAGCUCUCCUCUGUGCCUUUUGGACAAGGGGGCCAAGAGAGCGACUGUGCCCAAAGUGUUUUACCAAACAUGGUCACGUAAGCAAAGUCUGGCCGCAAUCCCCCCCUCCACGGUGCACUCGAAAGCAUUCUCCUCGGGGUCUAUAGGUUUGUCCGGCCUCAACCGAAACUGAACUGAAAUCUGAAUUCCUGAAAGUUAGGGCUUCUGGGAAUCUCUGUAGUAAAUUUUGUGUGAUAUUCAUGUACAUUGUGUGGUCAUUAAAAAGGGAAGGAGCUGAUUUUGCUGCCCUUUAGAGUCCUUUGUAUGUUGAUGGCUGUCCUAGUAUUUGCCCAGUGAGUCUUCACCUUUGCCCUCCACACUAUCCUCUUUAGUUCUGUUGUAAUAUGGUUCACAAGGCGUUCUUACAGCCUGGCAUAACGGCAUAUAUACAGA